AUGAAAAGAGUCACAUCUGAAAAAUCUGAUGAUGCAUCAAAAAAGCAGAAGACUACGGAUCCGGAGAAGGUAAUUUUUUAAAACAUUUUUGAUAUACAAUCCUAGAAACUUUGAAAAGAUGUUUUUUUUUAAGGAAAUCGACGAUUUUUUGGCAAAUAUCCAGGGAAGCGAGAUGGAUUCGCUGGAAUAUUUCAGCGCCAAAUCCACGUUACACAUCGGAUUGAAAAAUAAAAAAGAAAGUUCGAUUGGUUUUCUCGGAUUCGGUGGUAAAAUUGGAGCGAGAUGAGACAAAUGAAGUUUUUUCGAAAUCCGAAGCAGGAACAUCUCAAAGUGAAAUGAUCUCGAAAUAUUUUCAAAUAAUCAUUGAAAAAUCGGCGGAUUUUUUGAAAAACAUUGAAAUCUCUUCAGAGGAUUUUCCAUUCUCCUCAACAAAUAUCAAAAACUGCAAAAACUUGGAAAAUCUCAACAUUUCACACAAUGGAGAUAGUUUCGAUUUGAUAAAAAGUGGAUUUUUGAGUCAAGAUACAAUAUUUCAAAUCAGAGAAGAUAUUUCGAUUCAUGGUUUUUUAUUGGUUGGCGAAAUGUUGGAUUUCGAAAAAAUUAAGGCAAAAAAUGUGUCUUGCGAUAAAGUAACAGGAAGUGUUUAUGAUGUUUUGUUCAAUUAUUUGAACAAAUUUCAAGAGGAUAAAGUUGAGAAUAUCUUUGAAAAUAUUGAUUUGGAGAUGAUCCCAGAAGAAGUUGAGAUGGUUUCAGAUGAAGAAGACGAAAAUGAAGAAUAUUAUGGAUAUCCUUUUAAUUUUAGAAGAGAUGAUUAUCCAGAUUAUGAAAUAUUACAUCAAGAUUUUGAAGCACUUUUUGGAGAAUUUGAGAGCGGAAAUGAAGCAGAAAUGUGAGUUUUUUCUUGAAAAAUCCAAUUAUUUUGGAUUUUCAGCGACGAAUCAGAUUGUUCCUUCCAAGUCUCCAACAAAACCAAUCAAUUCAAAAUCGAAUGCCAUGGAAAUAGUCUUCAUCUUGAAAAAUCCUAA